AUUACAAAACCCUACAAAUAAUAUUUCUGCUGAUCAAGAUUUGGAAUCUGGAUUCAGUAACAACAAUAACAACAACAACAACAACAACAAUAGACCUGUUGAAGGAAACAACACGUCUAGUAUGAUAAGAGACUAUUUUGAACAAUCCAGUCAUCCUGUGGCAGCAUUUUUCUUUUUAGCAUUUAGAUUGGGUGCAUUGUUGAUGUAUUUAUUAGGCUCUAUCUUCACUGAUAAUUUUACGUUGGUAUUUGUGAUUACCAUUUUACUUUUAGCCUUUGAUUUCUGGACAGUCAAGAAUAUUUCGGGUCGAUUAUUAGUGGGUCUUCGUUGGUGGAAUGAAAUUCAACCUGAUGGUUCAAAUAAAUGGGUCUUUGAAAGUGCUAGUCCAAGUCGAAUCAAUAAUCCCGCAGAUACUCGUUUAUUCUGGUGGACAUUGUAUGGUACACCUGCACUUUGGGGUUUGUUUGCUUUCUCGUGUAUCAUCACAUUAAAGUUUUCUUGGUUGAUUAUUGUGGGUGUUGCCUUGGUUUUAAACAUGGCUAAUGUGUAUGGCUAUACCCAAUGCGAUAAAGAUGCUAAAAAGAGAUGGGCUACUGGUAUGGCAACUCGUUCUGCUCUAGGUUCUCUUAGUAGUGGAGCCACUGGUUUGGUAGGCAAGGCAUUCACCAGUGGUUUAGGCAAAGUGUUUGGUUCUCGAUAAUCAAAUAAAAAUUACUUCUUUUAACAUGGAC